AUGCAAAUGCAUGCGCAAAGAUCAGCCCAAAGGAAAAGAUCAAGAUAUAAAUUGCUUAUUCAGACGGUAAAAAGAUGCACGAAAAAACUCAUCUCCUUUCCUAAAAGUGCGUACAGAAAGGUAAAAAGCGGCCUGCUAUUUGCCCGGAGGAAGGCGUCCAAGCUGUUCAGAAGGUCGAAGAAAAAAGGCCCAUCUGCCGGCAGCGGUGUGCCUGCAAGCAUGCGCGCUUUGAGCACGUCAGCGCCUUCUUCCCGCAUGCAUGCAAUCAGCAGCACAAUAACCAAGCCCAUAGAGACCGAUCAGGGAAAGCCUCUGAUAUUCGACGAGUCCUCAGACAUCAUCACAGGCGCAUGCGAGUACAUUUGCGCUGUCGAGGCAAUCAUACGAGAGUUCAGCACAGGGCAAAUAGACGCUCGUGUCCCCCUCGCUCUACUCAGCCACAUGCGAGCAAGCGGCAUGGAAGUCGCCAGCGACCUGUCUGACGCCGAGAGGCGCUGCCAAAAAAGAGCAGAAGGCCAGAAAGGCGCAGGCGCCUCCCGAAAAAUGCCCAGCAACAAAAUCGCGCGGACCCAAGUCUGCAGCGAGCUGGAGCCCAACCUCGUGAUGAAGCGCUUUUUCACAAAAACCAUUGCCCUCAGAAAGAGCUACAUGUCCAUGCACAAAACAGUGGUGGAUGCUCUGGCCAUGCGGUCCCCGUGUGGCACACACACAGCAGAAGAUGCUGCCCUCUUUUGUGCUGCCAUGAGACAGGUCAAGGCGCAUGUGCUGGACAGCAUCUGCAGAGUAAACAAGGCCUGUCCUGUUUUCAUGCAUACGUACAAGAGACAAGGCUAG